AUGGAGAAGAAUCAGCGUGAAAAUAAAGUGAUGAAAACCUCUGACUCAAUUCCUCAUGACUUGCUGUUCGAGAUACUAUUGAGAUUGCCUGUGAAGUCCGUGACAAGAUUCAUCAGCGUAUCAAAUCUAUUUGCAAGUAUCAUCCGCAGUCAAGGUUUCAUGAAAUCGUUCUCGUUACGAUCUUCGAAGCAGAAACAAUGUCUUCUUUUAGCUUACGAUGGAGUAGAUGAAGAGAAAGUAGACAAGAAUUGGUUCUUCAUCUCCUCAUCAGAGAAAUCAUCAUCACCAGUUAUGCUAUCUCGUAUGGCUUGCCUUCACGCACCUGAACUUAGUCGUUACACUCCACCUAGAGUUAGUUGCGUCCAUGGUUUGUUAAGUUUUGUCUACGGUGAAGAACAAAUCAUAAUUAAUCCAAGCAAUGGUAAAUACAUAACCCUACGCUCAGUCAAAUCCAGAAGAAAAGUUCUCAAAAGGUUCUUUGGAUACGAUCCUGUUGAUGGCCAACAUAAAGUAUUGUGCUUGACCGAACCAAUGUUUGGUAGCGGUACGCGAGUUGCAGCUAGUGGUCAAUGUCAAGUGCUUACACUGGAGUCAUCUCUUAAAAACUUGUGGAGACAAAUAAAGUGUAGCAUUCCUCACCGGCCUCAAUCUGAAGGUCUUUGUACCAAUGGGGUUUUGUAUUAUUAUGCUCACAUGGGUAAAGAAUUUAUGGAACCAAGCUUAGUGAGAUUCGACGUGAGAUCUGAAACUUUUGAAUUUCUCACUAAAUUACCUGUGGAGAUUCAAAACAGUCUUAAAUCUUCAAACUUGAUCAGCUACAAAGGGAACGUAGCCUCAGCCACUUCAAGGUCGCACUAUUCAUAUGAUCUGUGGCUUUUGGAGGAUUUCAAGAAACAGCAAUGGAUCAAGGUAAAUUUAUCUGCUAGUCCUAAUACAACCAAACGGUAUAGUCCUAUAGACCUUAGAGGCAUUGCUCACACGGGUGAGGUUAUAUAUGCAUCACUUUACCUGGAUAAUUUUUAUUUAAUCAUUCACGACCGUGACACGAAUGUUUUUAAAGUUGUUGACAUUAUUGUAAACUCAUAUAAGUCUGUAGGAUUUGCUGGGGUAGUUUGUUUUAUAGAUUUUGUAGAGAGUGUUAUGUUUUCAUAA